UCGGGGGGGUUUGGAGCAAAGCGGUUUGGUUAUUCGUUGGGUUGGUCCGUGCACUUAGCUCCUGGGCUGCGGCUCUUCCUUGGGCGGCGGGAGCGGCGUCACGGACUGAGAAGCGGCCUAAGACUUCGGCGUUGAGUGAGUGUCCGUGGGUUUGCCGGUGAAAGAAAAUGGCCCGAACCAAGCAGACUGCUCGCAAAUCCACGGGUGGGAAAGCGCCCCGCAAACAGCUGGCCACUAAAGCUGCCAGGAAAAGCGCCCCCUCUACCGGCGGGGUGAAGAAGCCCCAUCGCUACAGGCCCGGGACCGUCGCGCUUCGAGAAAUCCGUCGUUACCAGAAAUCGACCGAGCUUCUGAUCCGGAAGCUGCCUUUCCAGAGGUUGGUGAGGGAGAUCGCCCAGGAUUUCAAAACCGACCUGAGGUUUCAGAGUGCAGCCAUCGGUGCGCUGCAGGAGGCUAGCGAGGCGUACCUGGUGGGUUUGUUUGAAGAUACUAACCUGUGUGCCAUCCACGCCAAGAGAGUCACCAUCAUGCCCAAAGACAUCCAGUUGGCUCGCCGGAUACGGGGAGAGAGAGCUUAAGGGAAGGCAGUUUUUACGGUGUUUUGUAGUAAAUUCUGUAAAAUACUUUGGUUUAAUUUGUGACUUUUUUUGUAAGAAAUUGUUUAUAAUAUGUUGCAUUUGUACUUAAGUCAUUCCAUCUUUCACUCAGGAUGAAUGCGAAAAGUGACUGUUCACAGACCUCAGUGAUGUGAGCACUGUUGCUCAGGAGUGACAAGUUGCUAAUAUGCAGAAGGGAUGGGUGAUAUUUCUUGCUUCUCAUGAUGCAUGUUUUCUGUAUGUUAAUGACUUGUUGGGUAGUUAUUAAGGUACUAGAAUGAUAAAUGUGUACAGGGUCCUUUUGCAAUAAAACUGGUUAUGACUUGAUCCAAGUGUUUAACAAUUGGGGCUGUUAAGUCUGACCAUGCAUCACUGUGAUAGAAUGUGGGCUUUUUCAAGGGUGAAGAUACAAGUCUUAACCACAGUGUAAUAACUUACAGUUUCCUAAAAAGAAAAAAAAAGUAAACCUGGCAGCUAUAGAAUACACUAUGUGCAUUUAUAAUAGCUAUUUUAUAUAUUGUAGUGUCAACAUUUUUAAAUUAAAUGUUUUACAUUCACAUGUGGGGAGUCUUGUCAUUAAGGUGUGUGUAAUUUAGGGUCCAGUUGGUGUUCUAACUAGACUGCACUUGUUUUCAUAGUAGUAAAAUGCUUUGCAAAUAACACCUUGCAUAAGUCCUCAUUCUACCACAUGUGAACUAACCCUCUAGCUGAUAAUGCAAACACUAUCGGGGGAUUUUAUUUAUAAGGGCUCUAGAAUACAAGUUAUCACACCAGCAUCAUCUGUUACUAAUAUUCUGACUAGUUAUGGUUAGUGCAGCUUUUCUUUGUGUUGUGGUUGGUUUCAUAACUAGGUUGAGUUCCUCUACCAAGAGGAGACAAGACCCGAGUUCUUUUCCUUGUGGAGUUUGUAUUAUAACCCUUAGCGUAACCUUGCUGUGGGGUGGGAGGGGCUCUUAGCUCCAGCUUGUUGCAUCGCGGCCAGUUAAGAUGGCGGCCAGUUAGCUUACAUCUGGUAUAUGGUCCUGGGGAAAUCACUUUAUAGAGCUGGUCUUCCAAGUGGUUUUUAAAAUUUAUCCUUCUAUUGAAGUUUUUAGGUCAAUUAUGUAUGUUGACUAAAUUUACAAAUAAACUUGUUUAUCCAACUAAGUGUCAAAAACCUAAAUUGAAUGUACAAAAAACAUCCAUUAUCUAGGUUCUUUGUAUCCUAAAGUUUGAGCUUAGCUUACUUGGAUUUUGCUUAGACAAAGGAACCUUUUAGUUACAGAAAUAACUCCAGAAACAUGUAAAGACCCUCUGCUCUAACAAUGCCAGGAUUGCAAUAUUUACAGUGUCACUGCUUCCCUCCAUAUUGUCAAGGAAUUAAAAGCACAUUCACUGCCCGUGCGAGGUAGGCCAAGGGAAGUAAAUUUCUUUAAAAUGCUAGGGCUCAAAUUUGGGAUCUGUUCCAUGAACCUCUGGGUGGACUGUUCAUCUCUAUUCGUUAUUAACAAUUCCAGAGGUACAAAGCUUACUAGUCCAAGACAUCUUUUCCAUAUGAAAGAUCUUUGACAUUGAAGGCCAGCAAUAAAGCAUAGCCUAUCAAUGUUGGCAAGACAGCGCAAGUGCCACCAGAAGCUGUAGCAAGACAUUUAUGCCCUAAUGGCCAUUUUUAGUAAGAAUUAGUUUCAAAUUUAAGGGGUUUGUCGGGAGAGAGAAACCAGAAUAGGCUUGGAGGUCUAGUUAAUGAGCCUUACAUGUUGUCAAAGGUGGAGUUCACUGUAGCAAACGGGUUUUCUAAAGGUUUGUAACCAGCUCUGGAACAACUACCAAUAUAAUCCCCUCACGUUGUGCAUCUGAAAGAUGUCCAAGCCCCAGCCGCUGGCAUGUGCUGUGCUCUGGCGUGGAGCAGUGUCCAACAAGUAGAAACAGCUGUGGUGGUGAUCAGCUUGCGUUACCUGCGGUGACCCCAGUGGAUGACAGUUGAACCUUCACACACACGCCCACCCCCCACCCCCGUCUGCAUCAUGAUGCAGGAGGCUCCUGGGUUUUAUUGCGUGGCGUGGAGUCUGCUUAAACUGCCACUGGCACGCCAUACUUUAUUUGAGCACCUUAACCAGAAGGCAAAACUAUUUUUUGGUUCUAGGAAGCUGGUCCCAUAGGUACCCUGGGUAUAGCGAUGGAACAGUCUAUAAGGAGAAAAGCAAAAGUUGGAACUGAUGAAGGUAUCCUGUGCCCUUGAUGAACAGACAAAAAUAAAAGUUUUUGAAGUUGA